AUGAAGCAAAAGUUAGUGAUCAAGGUCUCAAUGAGCAAGGAAAAGUCACGAUCCAAGGCGAUGACGAUUGUCGUCGGCGUCCACGGCGUCGACUCGGCGGCCUUGGCCGGGCCGGAAAAGACCCAAAUCGAAGUCACCGGAGACGGAAUCGACUCGGUGUCUCUCGUCACUCUGCUUCGAAGCAAAGUUGGGUUCGCCGAACUGGUCAGCGUCGGCCCUGUAGAAGAGAAGGAGGAGGAAAAGAAGAAGCCGGAAGAAGAUUCCAAACCGCCGCCGUCUCCCGCCGUCUGGUCCUACGGGUACGCUGGAGGCCCGCCUCAUCACUACGUCUACCAAACGAGCCCUGCCGCCGGCGGUCACUAUUACAACAACAUUGACCCUUCUUGCGCCAUCAUGUAG